UUUGUUUUGAUCGACCAUUGUUCGUGAUUGUAGUUUCGGUUUUGAGUUUUGAAAUGGUGGAAAAUGUCUGACGGGUCAAAACAUGCUAAAUAGACGUCACAGUUUGACAAUUUGAUUAGCCUUCCACCUAUUCAGAAUGGAUGGGAUCAGACUGUCGGGUAUUCAGCCUUGUGUGUCAGAGAAACAGAUCAGGACAUUCUUAGAGCGCCAUCAUCUACGAGUCAAGAGGAUCUACUACCCACUUCUCAAUAAUGAUGCAGUCAUUAUCUUCAUUGACUCUGCAAGUACGUCAAUGGCACUCUUUGAAAGGCUGGAAGGACUCUCAAAGUUUACUAUCAGUCCUCUCCCACACAGAAUAUUCUCCUCAGUAACAGUGGAGCUUGAAGACCAAGUUGCUGCCCUGUUUCAGACGUCAGAAUGUAAGAAGCAUAUUGAACUGACCACUGAUGGCAAACUACAGAUAUUCACUGCAGUAGACGGGAACGUAACGCUGAAGGGGAACCAGUUUGAUAUAGAACUUGCUGAGAAGGUUCUUCAUGAGUUUCUUGAAAGCCAGCACAAAAUACAUCAAGACCUCCAAAAUGGUCAUGACCAAUCAGCAGCUGAUUAUGAGGCUCUGCAUCAGUUUAGAAGUAGAAGAACUUCCCCCGGUUCACAGCAGAGCCCUCCACAAGUGAAGAGAAGCACAGCUGAAAGAAUUGGUUCCAGUGCCUCUGGGACAAGUAGAAAAUCUCCCAGACAAGAUGACACUGCACCAAUAUCGAAUGGAUUGGAUUCAGGGCACGAUGUGAGUGAUUUACGUAGCAGCACAAACUCCAGACAUCAAGAUGCUUCUGAAACUUUCAACCACUUCGCCAGUCUUCAGUCUCCAACAACUGGGAGAUACCCAACAGAGUCAUCCACAGCUGUGGAACAAAGGCUUCUACAAGCAGCUGCUGACAAAACCAAGGCGUCCAGGCCAGGAGGUGAUGUUAGACACCAAAUGUCUAUCAGACUUGAAGAACUGCAACACAAGCGGGAGAGAGAUCGGGAACAGCCAUCAAUAAGCAGUACAUUUUAUAGCGAGGCAUCUAUGCUAAGAGAACUAGACAGAGUUCCAAAGGAAGAACUGGACCAGAUCCAGAAGUGGCUUGAUGAUACAGGAAAGAAGACCGUGAGCAAGGAGAGGACAGGUUCAGGUAGCACUGAUGAGUUGUUGAGAGAUGACAGGAGAGGACACCAAACAUCACCUCUGUCUGGAGCUUCUAAUGGUCUGAGCGCAGAUGUUUAUUCUCUGAGACACGAUUCUACAAGAUUUGCACAAAAAGACCCUCAAGGACUCUUGUCUUACAGAUUUGAACUUCCAGGUGGCUUUAAGGUGAAAGUCUGCUAUGGUAACAUUGUGAAAUGUAAGCUGGAAGGAAUCGUCAGUGCAGCUAAUGGAGAACUGAGGAACUUUGCUGGUGUAGCUGGGGCCAUAGAGAGAGCUUGUGGGAAUGAACUGAGACGUGAGUGUGAGAGACAUGUCCGCCUCCAUGGGCCCCUCCAAGUCAGUGACGUCAUGCAUACAAACCCAGGAGAUUUAAUUGGCCCACGCUACAUUCUGCAUACUGUGGGGCCAGUCCAUGUUCCAACAAUGGAUGAGAAAUGUGCAUAUCAGUUGACUCGCACAUUUCUUCGUUGUCUGAAGUAUUCUCAAGAGAAGCUGUUUAUCAACUCCAUUGCAUUUCCCUUCAUUAGUACAGGUGUGUUUGGUGUGCCCAUUGACAUCUGCAUUGAGUCUUUCCUGGAUGCUGUCGUGUUGUUCUCCUCGGCACCCAAGACAUACUCAACCCUGAAGGAGAUCCACUUGCUGAACACUGACAUGGAGAUGGUGCAGACAGCCAUUGUCAUGCUUCAGCAGCACCUGGAGACCGACGUCAGCGACCUGCAGGCUGCAGCCACGUACAGGUUGCAGAACAAGGGCAAGCAGUCCAGUCUGCAUGAGCGGGCUUCAAGGUCAGACAGUAGAGAUCUAGCACUUGGCAGCAUAAAACGAUCAUCUUCACUGACUAGAGAUCCACGUAAGAGGAGCGCAAAAGAGGAGGAAGACCGUAUGAGCGCAUCCAGCUAUGGAGGAACGACGAGUCUGAGAGGUGAUGACACAGGUGCAAGGUCAAGGGUUCCUCAGAGACAAAGGUCAGGGUCAUUUGAUACUACUCCAAGGAAACCAUACAACACAGGAGCAACAUCGAAGACCACAUCAUAUGCAGGAGGUACGACCUCAGGGAAGAAGACUGGUGCUGGAGCUUCAAAAUCUGAUUACGGUUCAAAAACCAUGCCUGGUUUUAAGCCUGGCAUGGGAGCAACAGAUGUAAAAGAGAAGCUUAAAUCACGACCAGGGACAACUUCUGGUGGAAGCAACAGUCCAAGAAAUAAACCCAUGAAAGCUGGGGCUACAGGGGUUGGAACAAAUGUGGAAAUCAAAGGGAAAACUGUUGUUGAUAGGGAAAUCCUGAGACAAAGACAUUAUGAUGAUGAUGAUAGGUUCAAGAGCCUACCAGCAAAUAUGGGCAGAACAAGUACUCUUGGAGCGGCCAAGUCAACAGACCCUGAUGACACCUGCAGCAUCUGUAUGGACAAAGUCACCGUCCCCAAGAAGCUGCCAUGUGGCCACACCUUCUGUGCAGACUGUAUCAGACAGGCUUUUGAUGUGAAGCCAGCCUGUCCUGAAUGUGGGAGGCUGUAUGGUACUGUGAAGGGGAACCAGCCCAAAGGUGGGAAGAUGACUCAUGUAAUACACAGAGGAGAGGUGCUACCAGGUUAUGAAGAUGCUAGAGGAGUGAUUGUCAUCAGUUACGACUUUCCAGGAGGGAUACAAGAGGCUGAUCACCCAGAACCUGGCAAGAGGUACUCUGGGAUCCAGAGAACAGCCUACCUACCUUACAAUAAUGAAGGAUGGGAGGUUCUGAAACUGUUGGACAAGGCAUUUGAUGCUGGAGUCACGUUUACCAUCGGCGAGUCUCGAACUACUGGCCGCACUGGCGUCAUCACCUGGAACGACAUUCAUCACAAGACGAGCAUGACGGGAGGGACGUCAAAUUAUGGCUACCCUGACCCUGACUACCUCAAGAGAGUGAAGGAGGAGCUUGCCCUCAAGGGAAUCACACCCUCCACUUGAGAGGGCAGCCCUUCCACAGGUCAUCAGUGUGGAAACAGACAACGGUUCCGGUUCCGGCUUCAGUGACUGUGGAUGCACUGACCCGUGAAGUCUAGGCUUCACAGCAUAUAUUAAGAGAGUCUUAUUUCAGUAUUAGUUCAGAUAUUUUAUACUGGGUGAUCCAAGACAGCAUCUGACCGUUAUAAAAAUAACAAUUCUGUCCAACUGUUAGAGUGUGUGUGUUCACUUCACCUUUUUACAUGCAGUCAGAUUUAGUUAAACUAACCCCGGUUCAUGAAAUGUUUAUUUGCUAUUUAUCUUGUUUAAGGCAAGUUAGCUUGGUGUGAAUCACUGAGAGAAGAGAGUUGUUUGCCCUUGCCACAUGGAUUUGGAUUGUUAGUUCACAUUUUCGCUUGUUAUCUUUGUCAAUGUUCUAACAAUUGUUACAUGACAAAAACCUUGCACUUAUGCUGUGCAUUAUAUAUACCAUAACAUACAGCUGUAUAUAAGAUGUGUAUAUAUAUAUGCAUAUUAUUACAUAUGUUAUAUUUGGGAUUACACUUUCUUAGUAAAGUACAAAUUCUAGUACUUUUUUGGGUGUUGAGUCCCAUCCGGGAUUCGAACCCACACCCUCAGAGUCACGCAAAGUCAGACGCCUAACCUGCUCAGCCACUGCGACUUCCACACUUUGUGGUUCCAUCUUUUAUCAUCACUGGUUGCUGUGUGGAAAUGGACGAGGUAUUAGUUAACAGUUUCUAUAGUUUAGAUGUUUAGAACUGAUAGAUCUAUUUUGUAACUUUUAUUUUUAAGCCUUUUGAAGCAUUUUCAUAAAAUUCAACAUAUGACAUUCCAGUGGGGACAUAAAACAAAGGAGAUUCACAUAAAUAGAUAAUGGCAAGUUGACUAAACUAUACAGAAUAAGCAAAUAUUACACUUAGUUAACACUGAACACUAAGAUUAUAAUUGACCUUUUAAGAAUAUUUUAUUUUGCAAUGCCUGGAUUGGAUGCAUUGUAUUAUUGAGCUUGCUUUUGAAUAUCAGAUACUUAAUUAUUAUGAAGAUGAUAUUCAAAAGAUCAUUAUGUUUAUCUGGAUAACCAAUCAUCACAUGUAAUUUCAACUUGGAUAAGAGCCUCCUGAAGUAACUAGGUUUCAAGUCUUUGCCUGAUUU